UAGCUAUCGGCUGUUGUCCGCCGUAGGUUAAAAUACCCCCCCUCAAAACUCGAUACUGAAAAUAUGAAAAGGGGAUAUGCCUGUUCUCGGUAUCCUGCGGGCCAGACAUGCAUCACGACGUUGACCUCAACCACGGUCCCGACUGUGACAUGCGAAUCCGGGACUAGCGCUCAUUUUGAAUACGUGACGAUACCUUACGCUGCGGCCGACGUUAGCACUAUCCAGGUUAUUUCGACUUUCACUGUCUUCGCUCCUUUAUUCCAGCUUAACCAUCAGGCCUCUGACCUCUCGAGCACCACGAAUAAGGCAGCCGACACGUCUAUUAGCAGUGCGAUAUCCUCUUCACCGUCACAGACGUCACCAAUACAAGCUUUACCGACACAAUCAUCAAGUGCGCAAGGUCUAUCCGCCGGGGCGCAGGCUGGUAUAGGCUGUGGCGUUGCUCUCGGUAUCAUUCUACUGGGAACUAUAGCUUUCUGCCUGUUUCGAUCAAGAAGAAGGAAAAUCGGCCCUCAACCUAUCGAAUUGCAAAGUGCCGAGCAGGAGAUGAGGUUUCCGAUAGGGUUCUACGCGCAAGCUCGUGUGGUACCUAUGGGGACAAGGCCAAUCAGAGAAGCAGUCGAGCUUGACGGCAACUAUGGAAUCAAUCAAGGGAUUUGCCGACCAUUGGCAAGACCUUUUAGUUAG